AUGCACACUGUAACUCGACAAGUGACCAUCGAUGGUCGUGCGAAUGAGGGCGAACAGACCGUCACCCGAGCCUUGAAGUCACGUCAUCUUCAAAUGAUUGCUAUUGGUGGUACUAUUGGCACUGGUCUCUUCGUUGGUUCCGGAGGUGCGCUCGCGACCGCCGGUCCUGUUGGUACUCUGCUCGGCUAUAUCAUUGUCGGAGCAAUGGUCUACGCUGUCAUGAUAUCCCUUGGAGAAAUGACUACACUAUUCCCGGUGUCCGGCUCAUUCACCCAUUACGCAACUCGAUUCGUCGAUCCUGCACUUGGCUUCGCUCUUGGCUACAACUAUUGGUAUUCCUAUGCUGUCACUCUUCCGAACGAGAUCACCGCUGCUGCCAUCGUUAUUGGAUACUGGAAUCAGACGAUCAAUGUCGCUAUUUGGGUGUCAAUCUUCCUCGUGGCAGUCAUCGGCAUCAACUUUAUUGGUGUCGCUGCUUACGGCGAAGCCGAAUUCUGGAUGUCAUUUAUCAAAGUCACGACCAUUGUCGGGCUGAUCAUUCUCGGUAUUGUCCUCGAUCUCGGUGGUGGGCCGAACCACGACCGUAUCGGAUUCCGGUACUGGAAGCACCCCGGGCCUUUUAACCAAUUCAACGGUAUCCCGGGCGCUACAGGGCGCUUCCUCGCAUUCUGGUCAUCCUUCAUCCAAGCCGCGUUCUCUUAUCUCGGGACAGAGAUCGUCGCUGUCACAGCUGGCGAAGCCCAAAACCCAACCAAGACGAUCCCCAAGGCAAUCCGCCGUGUGUUCUACCGGAUCCUGUUAUUCUACGUCGGAGGGAUAGCCGUCAUCGGCCUUCUCGUGCCUUACACAAGCGAUCAGCUGCUGAACAACACAGGCACUGCCGCCGCUUCCCCUUUCGUCAUCGCGAUCGAGACAGCAGGGAUCAGCGCCCUGCCGAGCAUAAUAAACGCAGUGAUCCUCAUCUCCGCUUUCUCAGCUGGCAACUCCGAUCUCUACACUUCGAGUCGCACGCUGUACGCCCUCGCAUUGGACGGGAAGACCCCAUCCUUCCUCCGCCGUUGUACGCGGCGCGGGCUGCCAAUCUGGUGCGUAGGGAUCACAGCCCUCUUCGGCUUCCUCUCCUACCUCAACGUCGGCGCCGCGAGCGCAGGCACAGUCUUUGAGUGGUUCGUCAACAUCAGUACCGUCUCUGGUCUGUUCGCAUGGGCGACAAUCUGUUUUUCGUACAUAAGGUUCUACAACGCCGCCAAGCUUCAGGGGCUGGAUAGGAAUACCUUGCCAUACAAAGGCCCCUUGCAGCCAUACGCCGCCUACUUCGGGUGCAUCCUCGCCCUGCUUAUAAUACUGUUUAAUGGCUGGUCUGUCUUCCUAGCCGGGAACUGGAGCACAUCGACCUUCGUAGCGGACUAUAUCGGAGUGCCGAUCUUCGCUGGGUUUUACCUCUUCUGGAAAAUAUACAAGCGGAGUAAAGUUGUCAGGCUCGAGGAUAUAGAUUUGCUUUCCGGGAGGAGAGGGAUAGACGAGAAGGAGGAAGAGGACUGGGUGCCGGUGAAGUGGUACGAGAAGGUUUGGGCUUGGUUGAUGUGA